AUGGCGACCCCAAGCGCGACCCCAGAGCUCUGCCCAGAUUGGGUGCUCGCGAGCGGCUCCAACGUGCACGUCGCGCGUGACCGGGCCUGGUUUUCCACGUAUACACCGUUCCCGACCUCCACCACAUCGUAUAUCGUGUCGAACCCUAUGGGUGCUCUCGGCGUCGGCGAUGUUCGCCUCCCAGUCAAACUGUUCCCGAAGCGGUCUGGCCCCAGUGCUCACGGCACGCUUCACCUGCGGAACGUCCUCCACGCGCCCAACUACAUCUGCAACGUUAUCGGCUCCCCGGAUACUGGCGAUUACUCCCAGAUAGUGUUGGGAGGCCUUGGAGAUAACGGCAAGGAUGCGGCGAUUACCGCAGAGAAUGGCCGACGACUCGGAUACUUCGUCAAGGGCCGCCGGUGGGUCCUUUUACUGAGUGGGCCUCCUGUCGGCCCUGUUGUUGGCCCUUCCAAGUUGGAUCCAGAUGGAUACUAUAUGAUCAAUGCACAGUGGCCUGCCUCGGAACGCCAGAGAUGGGCCCUAGCCCAGGGUAGUCAGUCCGGUUUAGGCCACAACACCAACCACGGGGUGUCUGAUAGCGGCGAGGGAAACGACGAGUCCGAAGCUGCGCAGCCAGAGCUGUAUACGGAAGCGGAAAAGAGCUGGCUGAAACGGGAGUGGGGAGGUGAGUUCAAGUUCCUCACCGCCCAUGGACUGAGUAUCUACAAGGAUGAAGACCGGGAGGAGGGAAGAAGAAUCGCAAGGGCGAUGAUGGGGGUAGACGAAGAUGGAGAUAUCAAUAUGUAG